CUCUUCCAAAAGGAACCAUUCAUAAACUACACAAACCCAGCUGCAAGCGGAGUGUGGACGAAAAAGUGAGCAGGGGCGCGCCGAGGAGAGACUUGACGUCGAGAGGUUGCGCGCUCUGGCACGGUGUUUUGACGCGCCGGGACACCGAAGCAAACCUGCAUCCUCAAUAUGAGACUUCUCAGCCGCACUGGAAGUGCUCAUGAGUUGGACUGAUUUUUAAGCAGGCUUAUAUAUCCGUUUCCUCCUCCUCACACUGACGUCUAUCCGCCUGCAGAACCAAGAAAAAAAAAAAACUUUGAUUUUUUUUUUUCCUGCACGGGGAAGCAUUUGCCUCUGGGCUUUACCGGUAAGCAUUGGAUCCGUCAACUUACUGCGACUCUCCGGUGUACAGCCCGGACCUCUGCCCCAACAUGAUUGCGACGCAGGCAAAGCUGGUUUACCAGCUGAACAAGUACUACAACGAGAGAUGCCAGGCGCGCAAAGCGGCCAUUGCGAAGACCAUUAGGGAGGUUUGUAAAGUGGUGUCGGAUGUCCUGAAGGAGGUGGAAGUGCAGGAGCCUCGCUUCAUCAGCUCCCUCAGUGAGAUCGAUGCGCGUUACGAGGGGAUGGAGGUCAUCUCCCCAAAUGAGUUUGAGGUGGUGCUCUACCUCAACCAGAUGGGGGUGUUCAACUUUGUGGAUGACGGCUCUUUGCCCGGAUGCGCGGUGCUGAAGCUGAGCGACGGCCGCAAACGGAGCAUGUCCCUGUGGGUCGAGUUCAUCACCGCCUCGGGCUACCUUUCCGCCAGGAAGAUCCGCUCCAGGUUUCAGACUCUCGUGGCGCAGGCGGUGGACAAAUGCAGCUACCGAGACGUGGUAAAGAUGGUGGCCGACACCAGCGAGGUCAAACUUCGGAUCAGGGAGAGGUACGUGGUGCAGAUCACACCCGCGUUUAAGUGCACUGGGAUUUGGCCUCGCAGCGCGGCGCAGUGGCCCAUGCCCCACAUCCCCUGGCCCGGGCCGAACCGGGUGGCAGAGGUCAAAGCGGAGGGCUUCAACCUCCUCUCCAAAGAGUGCUACUCCUUAACGGGGAAGCAGAGCUCCGCGGAGAGCGACGCCUGGGUGCUGCAGUUCAGCGAGGCCGAGAACCGGCUGCUGAUGGGCGGCUGCAGGAAGAAGUGCCUGUCGGUGCUGAAGACGCUGCGGGACCGCCACCUGGAGCUGCCGGGCCAGCCGCUCAACAACUACCACAUGAAGACCCUGCUGCUGUACGAGUGCGAGAAGCACCCCAGGGAGACGGACUGGGACGAGUCGUGCCUCGGCGACCGGCUGAACGGCAUCCUGCUGCAGCUCAUAUCCUGUCUGCAGUGCCGCAGAUGCCCGCACUACUUCCUCCCGAACUUGGACUUGUUUCAGGGGAAGCCGCACUCAGCCCUGGAGGCUGCCGCCAAGCAGACUUGGAGACUGGCGAGGGAAAUCCUCACCAACGCCAAAAGUUUGGACAAAUUAUAAAUGCUCACCGAGGAAAAAAGGGACUGUUCUCCGAAUGAGUAAAAAAAAAAUGUGAAACUAAAAAGAACUUCAUUAUUGAUAAAAAAAAGAAGAAGAAAAUCCUAAAAGCAGGACAAUUGGGCCACGACAUGCGUAAAAGGUAAAUUUCUCUGACAAAUGGAAUACAUUUUAGUUCUUUAAAUGUUUUCACAAAGUGAAGAAACUUUUAUUUAAAUAUAUGCACAAAACCGUUAAAUGAAAAAAGAAAAAAACAUGUAGAGUGCCAAGUUCAUUUUUUUUCCAUGAUGUGACUUAAAAACAAAUGUUAAUAAAAAUGUUGAAAAUUUAA